AUGCCUUCCGACUCCCGGUCUUCAAGCCCUUCUGCGACGCCGGCCUCAUCUGGCAGAAAAGGGUCUAAGAAGGUCAGAACGGGUUGUGUUACCUGCAAAAUACGCAAGGUCAAGUGCGAUGAGACGAAGCCCUUUUGUCUAAGGUGCACAAAGACCGGACGUAAAUGCGACGGCUAUCUCGACCCCAGGGCCUUGGCUGGGAGACGUCUUAAGAAGGAGAAGAGCCCUCAUGAUCAUGUUCUGGGCCCCCUCCUGGAGUUCUCCGCGCCAGAAGAGAAACGGUCCUUUUACUUUUUCCAGCACGUAACGGCGCCCUGCAUCUCUGGAGAUUUCGACGCUUCCUUUUGGAGGGUCAUUGUGCUGCAGAUAUCACAGACGGAGCCUGCGGUCCGGCAUGCCGUCCUCGCCGUGAGUAGUCUUCACGAGGGUCUUGCUGCUGGUACCAUUGUCCCCUCCAGAGACGGUGCUGUGCUUCCACCAAAUACGCAGUCUUUUGCACUCCAGCAGUACAACAAGGCAAUCGCCCGUCUCUUGGACCAGAUGAACAAUCCCCUCACCAAGCCUCUCGCCUCCCUGCUCACAUGCGUCCUCUUCGUAUGCAUCGAGUAUAUGCAGGGUAAGGACAAGGAGUCCCUCAUUCAUCUCGAGCAAGGCAGACAGCUUCUGGCAAGGCUGGACCAACGAUCCAUGGACCCUGAGAUGGACUGCAUCGUCCGGCACGUGGUUCCGCUGUAUACCCGGCUCAGCCUUACAUCAUUCCUCUUUGGGGCCAGCCCGAUACCCAUACCCGAGUCUCUCAAAUCGCACAGGGACAUUCCUGAUACUUUCGACACGAUCGACAACAUGAGGCACAGCAUGCACGAGUUCAUGGAGCAGGCGUUCCGAUUCACCCAACAAGCACGGCCGGCAAAGAACCCAAGCGACCACAUCCCGCGAGAGACAAUGAGGCUACUCGAAGUAGAGCAGGAUCGCUUGCUAUCGCGACUGGCCAAACUCAACGUGGCAUUUUCUCUGUUCCGCGCCUCGAGAUCGCAGCUUGGCCCUGAGAGUGCGCUUCUUGUCCUUCAGAUGUACUUACAUGCACAACACAUCUGGAUUUCCACGGCACUGAGCUCGUCCGAAGUUGUUUAUGACGAUUUUCUCUCCUCCUUCGCUGCCAUAGUCCCGUUGGCUGCCGCAUAUCUUGACCUGGAAACCUCGCCAUCACAACUUCCGUACUUCCCAGCGCCAGAGCAGCUCCCCAUUGCCUACACUAGCAACUUCACCUUCGAAACACACAUCAUUCCUCCAUUAUACUACGUGGCCACCAAGUGCAGGCACCCUCUGAUCCGCCGAUCGGCUCUAGAGCUUCUCAAGCGAAACCCCUUCCGACGCGAGAAUCUGUGGCGGGCGAGCGUGAUGGGUGCCCUGGCAGGGCAUAUCGUCUCGCUGGAGGAGCGGUGGGCACAGGCACCAGGG